AUGGCCUCCCAGCUCUCCGCCGCCGCGUCCAUGUCCGCCGCCGCCGUGCCGCAGUUCCACGGCCUCCGGGGCUACGCCUCGCCCAGGUCCGCGGUGAAGAUGCCGUCCAUGAGGGUGGGCAGGAAGAGGUCCCAGGGCAUCCGCUGCGACUACAUCGGCUCCGCCACCAACCUGAUCAUGGUGACGACGACGACGCUGAUGCUGUUCGCGGGGCGGUUCGGGCUGGCGCCGUCGGCGAACCGGAAGGCGACGGCGGGGCUCAAGCUGGAGGCGCGCGACUCCGGGCUGCAGACGGGCGACCCCGCCGGGUUCACCCUCGCCGACACACUGGCCUGCGGCGCCGUCGGCCACAUCCUCGGCGUCGGCAUCGUGCUCGGGCUCAAGAACACCGGCGCCCUCGACCAGAUCAUCGGCUAG